AUCUAUUUCGGACGGAGUGGAGGUGCCCGACGCUGGAGAAGAACAUGUAAACGCUAGUAAGCAAAAUGAGAUUGGUAGCCUGGUCGAGGAAAUGCUGAAGGAACAGGUUCGCUUGAAGGAGGAGGAAACUGACAGUACUCAUGGUGGUAAAGACGAGGGUGUCUCACUAAAUAUAUGGGACUUCGCUGGACAAGACGUAUACUACACGACUCACCAGGUUUUUCUAAAUUGGCGAGCCAUCUAUGUGGUUGUCUUCGAUCUGAGUAAAAGUUUGGAUUCAGUUGUCCCCCCGGAGUCCAGAGACGACUACUAUGAGAUGGCUAAAGGAGGUGCCAAGGCAGAGUUGACAUGUCUCGAAUUCAUCAACUUCUGGUUGUGCUCCAUCUUUGCCCAUGCUGUGCCGCCCCCAUCAGUCCUGAAUAAGAACACAUCCAAAGCCAAACAGAAAUCUCCACCAAUAUUCAUUGUUGGAACGCAUCGAGACAGUGUGACGGGAGAUGCAAAUGAACAAAAGAAGAAGAUUGAAUCUGCUUUCAAGAAGAUUCGGAACACGAUCAAGGGAAAGCCAUUUCAAUGCCAUGUGGUCCCCCAGUACUAUGCCGUUGAAAACAGCUUAGAGGAUAAAGAUGAAGAGCUGAUUGCAUUAAGGACACGUAUAACAGAGGUUGCUGUGGACGAGCCUUAUAUGGGUGAAGAGAUUCCUAUCAGAUGGCUCUUAUUUGAAAAGGCACUAGCAGCGGAUAAGAUUCAUUAUAUGUCUUUAGACGAGACCAAGGAACUGACGCGGAAUAUCGGAGUGGAAUCUGAGCAUGAGCUUUUUGCCAUGCUAACCUUCUAUCAUGAACUUGGAUACAUAGUUUACUAUGGAGAUAUUGAUGACAAAGAGUCUCUCCUCAGAAACAUAGUCAUCUUGAAUCCCCAGUGGCUAAUCGAUGUCUUCAAGCAAGUCAUAACAAUAUUGGACCAUAACGAACAGGAUGGGAUCGUGAGCGAUGCUUGGACAACCCUUGAAGAUGGCAUCCUGGACGAUAGGUUGAUUCAACAUAUGUGGACAGGUUUCCUUGAGCAGAAGGAAGCCUUGGUCCAACUCAUGGCCAAGUUUGAUCUCAUUUGUGAGGCUCCAGUCAUGCCAGGAGAACAAUUCCAACCAGAAGAGGAGAAGACAAGAUAUUCCAAGGUGUCAGAUGACGCGGAGAGGGACAUUAAGAAGCGCUAUUACGUUCCAUCCAGGUUCUCUGCUCGUUGCUCUCCAGAGGAUAUUGGACAGAUCAAAUCUUCCACAGACUUCUAUAUUGACUUUAGAGGGUUUCUACCAGAUGGUUUGUUUCAUCGUCUAAUGACUAGAGCAGUGCGAUGGAUGAUGGAGACGUAUAAUCAAUCAGUUAAUAGCUUAUUCUAUCGUCAGAUCACUAUCAUGAUUGGUAAACAACAUCUUGCAAAACUGGAGAUGUUGCCACCUCACGAAGCUACUAUCAAGGUGACUGUAUACCAAUAUUCUGGAAAAGAAAGUGAUAAUCAUCAACUUCCCGCUCCAAGUGCCGUCAAAGAUGUAAUGGAUUUUGUGAUACGGACACUCGAUAGUCUUUGUGAACAAUGGGCGAAGGGAAUCCGGUAUGACAUCUGUGUGCUCUGCCCAAUUUGUACAGAGAUGAAACUUCGCCUCCAAGAAUGUUUCAAGCAGGAGGAACUCCUAUGCGGAAGUCAUGUAGUCACCACAUCUGAAGUCAAGUCAAAAUUUGGUAGGUUGAUUAACUGAUAAAUGUACCUUAUGUGAGGGCGUCGCGGUCUAGAGGUAAAAUGCGGUCAAUAAUUUAACAUGUUGACAUUUUCGCACGCAUUACAAAUUCGUCUGCAAUAUAGCCGUGCCAUGGCAGUGCAUACUAUAUUUCGUGGCGCAAAAAAAUAGUAGUCACACCACGCGCGGGGUGCGUUUUUUUUUCCGUACCGCUAACGCGUCACAUUCUGUAAUUUAAAGAUAGAGCGACUUGAGCAGAGGCCGUAAUUUGUCUACGAAUGCCUCAGCUAUCUCGAUCCCGCGCGCGUGCUAUACAAAAGUACCUUAGGGGUAACAAUUCCGGCAGCCAAACUGGUUGGAACAUACUUCUUCUCUACUUUUGUUGAUAAUGUUAACAAAUAUUUUACUAUUACCAUUACAAUAAAUAAGCAUGUACACC